CCACAAACAAACAACAUUUUACUAUAAAAAAGCCAUAGCCAUGGAGAUCGAGCAGGAGAUCGGAGAGGAGAGAGAGAGAGAGAUGGAAAAGAGUAAAGUACUGAUUGUAGGGGGAACUGGGUAUCUUGGAAAGAGGUUGGUGAAGGCAAGUUUAGGUCAAGGGCACGAGACAUACGUGCUUCAUAGACCCGAGAUUGGUGUGGACAUUGACAAAGUUCAAAUGCUUUUGUCGUUCAAGGAGCAAGGAGCUCAUCUUGUGUCCGGUUCCUUUGCCGACUACCAGAGCCUAGUCAAUGCCGUCAAAUUAGUGGAUGUUGUUAUCAGUGCAAUCUCCGGCGUCCACAUCCGGAGCCACCAAAUUCUCCUUCAACUUAAGCUUGUUGAUGCAAUCAAAGAGGCUGGUAAUGUUAAGAGAUUUUUGCCGUCGGAGUUCGGCACCGAUCCGGCGAGAAUGGCGGAUGCAUUAGAACCAGGAAGAGUGACAUUUGAUGACAAAAUGGUGGUAAGGAAAGCCAUCCAAGACGCAAAGAUACCUUUUACGUUUAUUUCCGCAAACUGUUUUGCUGGUUACUUUCUUGGCGGUCUGUGCCAACCCGGUAAGAUCCUUCCUUCAAGGGAUUCUGUGCUUUUGUUGGGAGACGGCAACGCCAAAGCAAUUUAUGUUGAUGAAGAUGACAUAGCCAUGUACACUAUCAAAACCAUAGAUGAUCCUCGAACUCUUAACAAGACAGUAUAUAUUAGGCCCCCAAAAAACAUUUUAUCUCAAAGAGAAGUUGUUGAGAUUUGGGAGAAACUUAUUGGCCACGACUUGCACAAGUCUUCGAUAUCCAAGGAAGACUUCCUAGCUUCCAUAGAAGGACAAGAGUAUGCGGAGCAAGUUGGAUUAAUACAUUACUAUCAUGUUUGUUAUGAGGGAUGUCUUGCAAAUUUCGAGAUUGGAAAGGAUGCAGGAGAAGCUUCUAAGCUUUAUCCAGAGAUUCACUACACUUCUGUCGAGGAAUACAUGAAACGUUAUUUAUAAUUAACUAUAUAUAUAUAUAUAUAUAUAUAUAUAUAUAUAUAUACCUUGGACACGACCAUUAUGUAUGUAUUAAUGCUUCUGUUGAUUUACUACAUGUAAA